GCAGAGCAGCAGGUCUGGGAGCCAGGAGCCAUGCGCAGGGACGGCUGGCACCCGGUGCCCUGGGGAGCCCACCGUGGGGGGCACUGAGCCCGGCGGAGGCAGCGGGACCAUGGGCUGCUGGCGGCAGCGAGGAGGCACGGUGGCGGGCAGGGCGCCAGCGUGCCACGGGCUGUAGGGGCUGGGCGGUGGGUGGUGUGCCCAGCAGCCCCUCGCCCACCUCCCACGCGGCAUCCCCUCUCUGCGGCAGCACGGGAUGAGGCCGCCCACUGCCCCGGACAGCUCCGGGGACGGGCGCAGCGCAGGGCUCCGAACGCCAGAGCUCGGCCCCGCUGCAGCGCCCCGCCACAGGGCCUCGGCCCCGGGGCCGUGAGCCAUGGUCAGCAGGGAGCCCCUUCCUGGGCCGGCCCCCGCCAGCGAGGGUGGCCAGGAGAAAGCCAUGACGGUGCGCUCGGUGCUGCUCAACCGUGACUCGCCCGACAUCGAGAGCCGCCUCCAGCGCCGGCGCAACCGCACGCAGCAGGUCCGCUUCAAGGACCUGGUGGAGGGCAGCGCGGAGCAGGUGGGCAGCCCCCCACCAGGGCCCGCAGCCGCCCCUGGCCCCAACACCCCACGUGCCUCGCCGCCCCCCAGGGACGCCCCUGAGCCGGCGGCUCUCUGUGCCUCGCGGCGGAGCUGGCCCCAGGCUCAGCCAUGCUCACUGACGCUGCCCAUGCCCAGGAAGGCGUGCGCGAGCGCUGCCAUCCAGACCUCCCCCAGCCUGCAGAAGCCCUUCCCAGCCUCCCAGCCCCGCAGUAAGAGUGUCUGCGAUGUGGCCGGGGUAGUGGGGCUGCCCACCGCCCUAGGGAGUGCCCGCUGCCCGGGGGGGGCAUCGCCCACCCCGUCUGUCCGGGCUGUGCCCCCACAUGUGCCCGGCAGCCUCCCCGCACAUGAGCAGGCCGCUGCCCUCACCCAGUGCGCUGCGGCGUGCCACGCGUCACCACCACCGCCCAGGGAUCCCUGUCCCCCUUAUCCGGGCACAGCCGGGUGCCCUGCUGCCAGCUGUACCUCCCCAGCCAAGAGCUGCCCCCCUGAGCCCUGCACCCGGCUCUGCGGGAACCCCAGGGGCAGCCGGAGGUCCUCCCAGCGCCCGGCCUCUGUGCCCUGCGGCCAGCCCCAGCUGCCCACUGAGGUGCAGGGGCUCGGCCGGAGCGACUCAGAGCACAGCCUGCCCCGCGGGCGCCUGCUGCCCCAGCCCUCUCCGCAUUGCCAGCAGACCCUCCCCUCCGCGCACAUCCAGGGGCUCCGCCAGCCAGCUCAGGGCACCCCCCCUCGGGACCCCCCACCACCCCAGCACCAGCUCUGCAGCUCGCCAUGGGGGGGGCCCUGCUGCACCCCGCCAGCCCCUGUCCUACCAGCGCCGGGCUGGCACAGCUCAGCCCCCACACCGGAGAAGACACCAGCUGCACUUGGCCGUCUGGACACCCGUGACGGCAUCAGCAGUCGGCUACGGGCCACCGGUCCCGGGCACGGCCAGGCGGGACCAGAGGGACAUGGGGAGCUGCUGCCCCCGGCCCUGCAGGGCUCCGGCACCGGGACUCAGCUGGGUGGGUGGGCACCAGAGGCCCCCCAGCAUGGGCAGCCCUGCCUCACCGCCCAGCAGUCGGAGACGCUGCGCCACGUCCAGGACCUUCUGCAACUGGUGGUCGCAGCCAAGGGGCCAGCGGCAGUGCCGGGGGACGAGCACACCCGAACAUCUCAGGGACAGGGCCCUGCCGGGGCGCAGGGGGACCUGCAGUCCCAGCUGCAGUCGCUGGAAGGGGUGCUGGAGACCAGCCAACAAACCAUCCGAGUGCUGCUGGACGUCAUCCAGGACCUGGAGAAGAAGGAGGCCCAGCGGGACGGGCGACAUUCGUACCGGACAGGGCAGGACAUUGCCAACUGCGGGACCUGCCGGGACUGCGCCUGCAUCAUCUACAGCGUGGAGCACGACUUUCGGCAGCAGGAGGGCCGCUUCCAGCGAGUGCUGAGCCACAUCGAGGGCGAGGCGGCGCAGAGCUCCCCUGCGGCAGGGCCCGUCCCGCCGGCCAGGCAGGAGCCCUCGCCGGUGACCAGGCUGCCUGCGAAGCUGGACUCGAAGAAAUCCAGGCGCAAAUGCUUCUGGUUCCUGUAACCGGUGCUGCCGAGGGGCACGAGCGCCCCGCGCCCGUGAGGACCAACCCAGCUCUGACGCCGCACAGGCUCCUUCCUCCUCUCCCUCCCUCUGAUGUUAGGGUUUGGGUAGCACCAGCUUUUAUAUUUUUAACCGUUCGGUUUAAUGUAACGAAGCCCCUGUGUAAAUAAGAGGUGAGGGGAACAGCUGCUGUAUUUAAUGAGAAACCAAUAAAUUCUAGGGAGACGCUAUUUUCGUUA